UCGGUAUAAAUAUAAACUACCCGGGAACAACAUUCAUUUUACGACGGGGUAAUUGGACUAUUUUGCCCUUCCCUUCAAAUAGCUCAUAAUAAGUGUUCCAUCUUUGCCCACUUCUAAAUUCCGGCGACACGCGACACUCCGGCUAGCUUAAUUUCCCUUUGUGUCCCUAUAAUACAACACUCCUAUUUAACCCCACGCGCUGUAGUAUACUGUGAAUUGUACACGCCGCUUUAAGGCAAAGCAAAAAUUGAGAAUCUUGAAGUUUGUUGUUAGUCAUUUAUUGAGAAUCAGAGGAUGUCGAAAUCAUUGCCUUAUUCCAUGAAAGAUGUGCACUAUGAUAAUGCAAAGUUUCGUCAACGAUCUGUAUCUCAGGUAGUUUCUCAGGUUCUAUUAACCAGUAAUGGUAAACGUGAUUGUUUAAAAUGCAGCACUGGGAAAUUUCUUGUGUUACUGAUGAUUUGUGGUUUAGCAUAUCUAGUACUGGCUAAUAAAAGCGCUGUCCAUCCUGUGUCUAGUGGUAUGGCAAAAAAUGAUGGAUCUAAGGAAGGAGAAAAUCUCCCAAUUCAUGGAAGUGGAAGAUUCAGGAGAUUCUGGAGAAAACCACCUAGACUUCCACCUCGGUUAUCUCCCGAUGAAAUAAUUAGUAGGAAUAGAUCUAUUCAAGAGUCUAUGAAAAGAAAGGAGCCAGAAUGGGUGGCAAGACAACAGAAGGUGAAAGAUGCGUUUAUCCAUGCCUGGUCUGGAUACAAAGCCUAUGCCAUGGGUUAUGAUGAACUUAUGCCCUUGAGCCGUAGAGGAGUUGAUGGUUUAGGAGGUUUGGGAGCUACAGUUAUCGAUGCUUUAGACACGGCUAUGAUUAUGGGAGCUGAUGAAGUUGUUUAUGAAGCAGGCUCGUGGAUUGAGAAACAUCUUCCUGGGAGGAUUGAAGGGAAAGGUCAAGUAAAUCUCUUUGAAACUACAAUACGGGUUCUUGGUGGUCUUUUGAGUGCUUAUCACUUAAGUGGUGGAGAUCAAGGGAGAAUUCCAGAACACAAGGGGCCUAAACCAUCUGUUUACCUGGAAAAUGCUAGGAACUUGGCUGAUCGUCUACUUACUGCUUUUACAGCAAGUCCAUCCGAUAUUCCAUACAGUGAUGUUGUCCUGCGUGAAAAGUCUGCACAUCCUGCCCCUGAUGGUCUGAGUAGCACUGCCGAAGCUGCAACUGUACAGCUUGAGUUUAAUUAUCUUAGUUAUCUAACAGGUGAUGCAAAGUAUAGCGUAGAAGCCAUGAAGGUUCUACAACAUAUUAAGACUUUGCCAAAGGUGGAGGGACUUGUCCCAAUAUACAUUAACCCUCAAUCUGGACACUUUAGUGGAGACAAUAUUAGACUUGGAUCUCGUGGUGAUAGCUACUAUGAGUAUCUUAUUAAAGUGUGGCUUCAGCAGAAAGGAACUAACUUUUCGUACUUGUACGAUAUGUAUGUCGAAGCAAUUAAAGGUGUCAGGCACCUUCUUGUUCGCAAAUCUACUCCAAAUGGCUUGGUCUUUGUGGGAGAAUUGCCAUAUGGGAAAGAAGGUGGUUUCAGUCCAAAGAUGGAUCACCUGGUGUGUUUCCUUCCUGGUACCCUGGCCCUUGGCGCUACAAAGGGGUUGACAAAGGAAAGAGCUAUGAGAGAGAACUUGCUCACUUUUGAAGAUAUGGAAAACCUAAAGCUUGCUGAAGAUCUGGCUAAGACAUGCAUUGAAAUGUACUCAGUAACCUCUUCUGGCCUUGCUCCAGAAAUAGCUUAUUUUAAUAUUGAGCAGGGAGAUUCUGAAGGUGGUCCUAAUGGUGGGAACAAAAGUUCGAAAUAUUUGAAUGACAUAAUCAUAAAGCCUGCUGAUCGUCACAAUCUUUUGCGUCCUGAAACCGUUGAAUCAUUGUUUGUACUGUAUCGUAUUACUGGUGAUUCAAAGUAUCGUGAAUGGGGCUGGCAAAUUUUUGAGGCAUUUGAGAAGUACACAAAGAUUGAUUCUGGAGGUUACACUUCUCUUGACGAUGUUACUGUUAUUCCUCCACGAAGAAGAGACAAGAUGGAGACCUUUUUCUUGGGUGAAACACUCAAAUACAUCUACUUGCUGUUCAGUAAUAGCACCACGAUCCCUUUGGAUGAGUAUGUAUUCAACACAGAAGCUCAUCCUAUCCCAGUAAUUCCUAGAAGUCGAUGAUACUCUGUUUGCAAGAAGAAUGUUUUCAAUGUUGGCGGACGCAGAUGAUCCAAGAGGACAUGUUUCUGCAAUCUUAAACGGGAUUAAAUUCAGUCAAGUCGGUUCAUUACAUUGCAAGUGACCUCAUGGAAGCUUAUUCACAAAUGCUAAUUUAGAUGGAGCUCCCUGGAAUUUUCAUAAGAAGUUUAUUGAUUAAUGCUUCUGAAACAUCUACUCAAGAGGGAGACUUUAGGCGGGAAAUUCUCGAUGAACAUCUUGUUUGUGUAGAGCAUACAGAGAUAAUUACAAUUUUAUAAGGUGUUAAAAGUUCUCUUGUCAAUCAUGGAAAGAACAGGAAUAGGGUAAUCCUUCUGUAGUAGGUGGGAACUUAUUCUAGUAAUUGAUGUGUUACUUCUGCAACUUUGAUUUCUCCUUUGGAGAUACAAAGAUUGAAUCAUUUAGCCUAACAUUUACACAAUGAGAUCAAUAUACAAUUGCUUUGAACCUCUUCUCUAAA